AUGCUGACUUCAAAGUCGUGGCUGAAUACAUACAUUCUGACAUUCAACUGUGCGAGAAACACCAUUGAUACCCGGAUAUUUGCUUCUCACCUCUUUGAUGGCCUUCCAAAGGACUCCGAUCCAGUCAGUUAUCCAGAGGUCUUGGUCUUGUCGCUGCAAGAAAUCGCACCCAUCGCGUAUGCGUUUCUUGGCGGACCAUUUCUCGAAUGGUAUUUUGAUGCGUUUAGACUGGCUGUUGACCUGGCGACACCUGAGGAUCAGCGAUACCAGAAUGUCAUGACGAAGAGUGUGGGGAUGACCGCCAUCAUGGUAUUCAUUCGAGAUGAUCAAGUUGACCGCAUAGCAUGGAAAGAUGAAGCAGAGGUUGGCGUUGGAGUCCACCAGGCUGGCAACAAAGGCGCUGUUGGAGCAAGAAUAGGGUACCAAGUGGACUAUGACAGUGAGGACCAGCUUCCCUUAACGUUUGUCUCAUUGCAUCUUGCUCCAGACGAAAGUGCAAUAGACCGGAGAAAUCAGGAUUGGAAAGAUAUAUGUCAGAGACUUGUCUUUACUGGUUGCGAUGUGGCGGGUCAAUCGGGGCGUCAACAUCGACAAUAUGGCGAAGAGGGAACACCUUUAAUCCCAAGCUAUCACGGGGCGGAAAGGGGCAGUGGAAUGUACUCGCCGAACACGUAUCUAUUUGUAGCCGGGGACUUUAACUAUCGCACAUCACAUAGAGACCCUCAACCUGGCGAUAUGUCUGCGUUUCCCCAACCCACAAACGACACAAGCAGUAGGAACCAUUAUAUACACCUGCUCGCUCAUGACCAACUCACCAGAGAGCGACUAGCAAACAGAACUAUGCAUCAUCUCUCGGAACAGCCUAUUACAUUCCCUCCGUCCUACAAAUACUCUCUGGAAGCCCGAGAGGGUAGUCUGCACCAUCCUGAGGAGGGGUUCAAGUGGGCUAAAAACCGGUGGCCCAGCUGGUGUGAUCGCAUUCUAUACCUAGAAAAUCCAUUCCCAGGAGAUGAGUCUCGCAAAGUCCAGGUCCAUCAUUACAGCCUACUGCCUCUUUUCCAGACUUCAGAUCACCGUGCUGUUGUGAUAUCUCUUUCAGUCCCUCUCAAGACUCCGCCCGCCCUCCAGGACUCUGCGAUCUCCCCCCCUUUUGAAAUUGAUCAUGAUUGGCAAAGCAAGCGUUUAAUUGCCAGAAAGAAGGAAAUUGCCGUAGGAACUAUGGCCUAUCUAGCUCUAACUUGGGAGGGCAACGGUUUGAUAUUAGCAACGAUUUUGGGGCUUGCCGCCGGGUACUUCACCCUGUAUGGUCUCGAAUAA